GCAAGUCGAAUCGGCCAGCCAGUGUAAGCAACUGCGCUACGUUCGGUGUGCACGGCUGGAAGGCUUAAGUGGUCACGGCGUAGAGAACCGUUCGUGGCCAGACACGUGUUCCGAGGUGAUCGCGGAGGAGAGUCGCGUUGCAACGGCAGGCCUAAUCGCUCGUUCUACCGAACGAAAAUGGUGGAUGUAACCACGGCUAUGCCAUCCGCCGGUGGAGCGUCCCUAAUUGGACGCACCAGAGGUGCACUCAGGUCUGUCAAGUCUGCGUUAGGGGGUAGCGGAGAGUAUCUUCAGGGUUUGGGUAGCAGAAUAGGAUCCGUUCUAAGUAGCAGUUUAGAAGAAAGUGAAUUGACCACGACGCCGUCGACGCCGCCCUCUUCGCCACAAGCACCACCUCAGACUGCCAAGCCGGAAGAACAGUUGGCUAGGAGGAAAUUAAGGCUCCCAAGAUUUGGAACAGGAUUGACUUACGAAGAUUACGAAGCGAUCGCCAGGCACAAAUUGGAGCGUCAGGGUAGCGUGAACAUGUCGAGAUGCAUGAGGAAAUAUCCACCGGGUAUGACCUACGAGGAGAUAGCCUCGUCGAGGUCAGCCGGAACUAAGAAGCAAGAGCAAAAGGUAGAGGAAGAUAACAGCCCUGACAGAGACAGUCAAGAAAGUAUAGAGCCUCUUCAAGAAAGGGAUCUCAAGGCCACUGGACCUGAUCCUUUCGAUAAAUUGAACUACAAGGGAGCAAGGGCCCCGACUCGCUAUCAGACGGUCGUUUUUCGUUUAGAUAUGCCGCCUUGUAGCAGCGAUUCGAUGAGCGAUCAGGAUGGCUACGGACCCAGUACGAGCUUAGACUCGAACAUGGACGGUCGUCGAUUGUGGCAGAGAUCAGGUUCGUCGGGGUCCGUUCAAUCUUGGGCUUCCAGUUUAUCGGCGGAUAGUCAAUCCGAGGAAGCUGCCGCUGACUUUAUGAAAACCUUCGUACCUCUUUUAUUCGACGCUCCGAAUAGUAUCGAUCAGGAGCAAAAAGCAAGUUUCGGUCAAAUGGUCCUUACAGAAUCCGGGAGGAUAUGGUUCUCCAGAGUGGUGAACGCAAGAAGAGCUCGUCCCUGUGUAACAGAAGCAUCGUUUUAUUCCCUGGCGCAACAUUUUGCGGUAGCACUUUUCGAAUGCCACGAGGCGGAUGAUUUCGCGCCUGCCAAAAGUCUCAUGAACAUGUGCUUUACUUUUUACCACGAAGUUGAAGUACCAGGCUUGGAACCAUAUCGUGAAUAUUUGUACACACAUUUACGAGUACAACCGAUAUGGACGUCGAUGAGAUUUUGGACAGCGGCUUUCUUCGACGCGGUUCAGUGUGAAAGAGCAUCGAGGCCAGUUCCUCCGAGGCCUAAGUCUCUGGAUCAAGAGGCCAUCGCCGCUGAGGAUCGAAAAUUUCAAGCUAAUAUCGUCUUUGGACAAUUAGGAACGUUCACGUGUAACAUGCACGCCUUUGGCCUGUCACGUACUCUGUGCCUAGAAUUCCUUAGGAAGCAAUGUGUAAUUGCAAAUCUAACGAAGGAACAAGAAAAGAUGCUUCGUGACAACAUAGAGAGGAUGUUCGACGAGACGGAGCCUUGGCGGUAGUUUUGCUGAAUAUAAAUUCAAGAACCCAUGGAAACAAUUUGUUAACAAGGUAUCUACUUACCGAAUUACAAUUCGCUAGGGAAAAUCGUUGCGAAGUUGUCAAUUAAAAAAAAAAAAAAAAUCCAGCGAAUCCAGUGAAGCGUUCAAGAGCAAAAAUGUCAAUUUUAUUAUAUGACAAACACCGAAACAAUUAUGGUUGUGAUUCCAUCUGACGCAGCUGAACUAAAUGAUCUAUGUGUAAAUUGAGAGUAACGAAUUUAAGGUGCAAACUGUUCCUACCCUUAACUAAAACCGAAUUCUAUAAAAAUGAAAAUCGCCAUCAAACUCGCGGCAAAGAUCUCAUAAUUAUAACAAAUCUGUUAUGAUUGAAGUUAAUUUAUCAUAUUUAAGUUUCGAAUUUUAUCAUUAAUAUUAAUAUUACUAUUAUUAGACUGCGUGAUUUUUAUGCAUUUAUAAAAAAUCGGAAGGUUCAAAAGUGCACAUAAUAUGCAGAACUUUAUAAAAUAUUUAAAAAAGAGUAUUAAUUAUAAUUCUAUAUAGGAGAAACAAUUUUAUUUAGAUACUAUUUAAUGGUGUUCACGAAAGUUUAGAAAUGCAUAAAAAUCCAUAAAAAUCUAAUUCUUACAGUUAUGGAAUCAUAAUGUGUUUUCAUUUGCAACAAAGUUCCCUUUUCCUUUUAAUUCUGACAUAAGCUGAAAAAAAUUUCUGUAAAUACACAUACAUACAUAUAUAGCAUAACCGUGUUGACGAUUUCUCUAAUAGAGUUGAAACAAAACCGAAUUGUUAAACUUGCUUAGUUUAUUUGCGAGACAUCUAUGUCCCAAAUGAUACUUAAAUCGUAAGCGUAAACGGACAAUAAAUUAGGUGGAACGAAUUUGUGUGAUAUUGCCAUAAAUUUGGAUCUGAAGCGAUAAUCGUCGUGGACAUAUUUCUAUACGAGUGAGGGAUAAAUUUUCUGAGCUUUCAAAUCGAUUGCUUAAGCGUGCGACGACGUUCGAAAGAUGAAUUUUUAAACGCUAUUUUUCCUGUUCGAGUGACACGAUGACAAUGGAAGCCUAUUUAAAAGCAAAACUCUUUUCAUACAAAUAUUUCGCUUGUUUUAGUUAAGUUAAGCAUUUCUAUGUGUUACGAAAUAUCCGAGCUUUCUUGCACAACUGAAGCAAUACUAUUCCUAACCGAAAUUAUUAACAAAUUAUCCUGCCUCAUUGAAACAUUAUAAACUCGUAAAAAUAAAUUUACAAUCUAAUAUUUAAUUUACAGUGUUGUGUAACAUAUUGAAUUAAUAUAAUUAGGAAAAUGUUGACGACAUUUCGUGAUAACAUGAAUUUACGUAGCUUGUAAUUUAUCAAUUUACUAGCAUUGAAUAGUUGAAUUAAUGCGAUUAGAGAAAACUGACAACAAUUUAUAAUCUUUAACUUGUAAUUUGUCAACUUUCAAUAUUAUUAGUUGUUGGAAAAAUUGUAUAAUAUUAUUGUCGAACUUAUACGAUUGCAAAACAUCUACAACUCAUUAGUUACGAUUUGCCAGAGUAUUAUAUAAUAAAUUCUCUCGUACAUCAUUGUUAAAUGAAAUUUCACAAGCCAUCUUUCUUUUUCGAUCAAAAAUUUGCCCACGCAGAAGUUUCUAAUCUACAACUCGUCACUUGUGAAUUCACCAAUAUUGUUAGUUAAAUUAUCGUGCAAGAAGAUUCGGAUCAUAGUUCACGCAUUACCCAUAGACGACACUUCUAGGAUGUUUGGUAAAAAUUUAUAGCAGAUUUCUGAACUAAAGUUCACUGAUUCUAUUCUAGUGUAAUAAUGCUAUCAAUCAAACAAGCUUCUCGCGUUGAAAUUAAUCAUAAAUUGGUAAUUACUUUAUUGAUACUAUCUUGUAAUUUCUUUUGUAGACCUUUAUAGAUAGGACAAGCUGCUAAGAUUCCGUUCAAUGAUAUCUCAUGCAAAUGUGUUUGUAUUUAAAAGACAUAUCAUUAAAUACAAGCAUCGCUCGAUGAUUAUUUUGUAUAUCUGUCCGCAUUUCCAGCGAAACUGUUAAUGUGCGAAAAGAUAAUAAUUAAUAAAUUUCUCCAACACUGAAA